AUGCUCAACCUGUUCUGUCAAGAACGGGACCGGGGCAACCCUGAGAACCUUCAGCCCCUGAAGGAAGCAGAAUCAAUUUCAAGACCAACGCUGACAAACUUGCAAAUUAAAGGAAGAAAAUCAGGCAAGAACAAGUGGAACACCACAAGGUGACAUAGCUGUGCUUUUGUAAAUACUCCGUUAUGCUGUAUUAAUAAAAUUAUGCAGCAAAUUCAAGAGUUAGAAUUAAAGGAGGAAAAUUGCUUUCAACAGAUGGGAAAGACGUUAACUUUGAAGCAGGAAACAGAAGCUUUGCUAUUGGAAGUUACUGAGCUAAUUAAGCAGCUGGAGGCUGAUCGUGAGAGGAGGGAGAAAGCUUUGGAGUUGGAGAAAUAGUGAAGGAAAAAGCUUGGCAUGAAAAUUGAUUGUAUGUCACUUUGGAGGCUUCAGCAACUCCUCACAGACAUACAGAAGGAAUAUGAAAUGUGUGUUCAAGACACCUUGGAGCUACGAUGGCAUUUUCAUAGUAAAAGCUGUCAGCUGCCACAGGUACAGAACCAAAUACAAGAAACAGCCAACAGAGUGAUUUGGGAGGAUAUAGACUCCACGAAGAAACACAGCCCUCUGCUGGAAGAAAAGUUGAAUCUAGAGGGUGAAAUACUGAAGGAUAUGUUACUGCUGUGUGAAAAGGUAUCAAAAAUAUACAGUGAUGUUCAUUGGGAAUUGAUGGAAAUACAAAAGGCAAUGAAAAAUUCUCUCAUGCUUACCUGUUCAAGAAACGUAGUAGAGAAUCAAAAUAAAUCUUUACUAAUUCAGAUCUCAUUUACAUUUUCCUUUAUGGAGAGGGACUACCUUGGAAUAUUUCCAAAUAGAUGGAUUCACUUUGUGUGUAUUUCUAUUAGGAAUGAGUUAAAGCAUUCUGAAUUUAUUUGGACCGAAUACUGUAUGAAGUUAAAAGAAACAGAGGAGAAGAUUAUAAAGGAUGAAAAACACCUUGAGGAGUUAGUGAAGCAAAAAGCAGAAAUCCAGGAAGAUGCAAAAUGUUGGAACAGCAAAUCUAAAAUCUGGAGUUCCUCACACUGCCUGACUGAUUUUCAGUUAAUUGACAGCUCCAUGUGUGGAACCAGUAGAAAAUGCCUAGAAUGGGAUUUAGAUGCCCACAACAGAACCUGCUGUUUUUUCUAUAUGUAUGUAUAUGUAUGUGUAUGUAAACAAAUCUCCUAUUUGGAUCAGAGAGUUCAUGAGCUAGAUAAAGAGCAAAAGCAAGUUAAACAACAAGUUGGGAAAAAAAAAAGGAAGUAUUAUGCAGCAACAAUUAAAUUGCAUAGAGUUAUUCCUCGUUUAAUUGUUAAAAACUAUCACACUAUGGAAAACCUAAAAAAUGAACUUAAAGAAUUAAAUGACUUAUGGAACAUGAAGCAAAUACAAAUAGAAAACACAGAAAAAUGUUUUGCUGACAUAGCUAAAGUAAAGACUAAAAAACAGUAUAGUAGUGUCAUGUUUAAGCAGCAAAAUGCUCAGAUGAUAUUUAAUAAUCUCCAAGAUAAGCUAGCAGAAUAUGAGAAAAGGUUAAAACAGAGUGAUUUAGAGGAAAAGAACCAUUUCACUUUAUCUGUCUCAGCUGACAGAAGCUAUGGAAUGAAGCAAUUUUGGGGACUAGACAACAAGUAUAACUGGGCUUCUCUGGAUCAAAUAAUUAAAGAAAAUCUGUGGUUAUUUCAGGAAUAUAAAAUCUUUCAUAACUACUACCUAAACAGUAAAGAUCUCACAGAACUCUACGACAAUAGUAUCAGGUUGGAAGCUGCUGCUAGUGACCAUCAGCAGAUAAGUGCGCUACAGAGGCGGUGGAGCAGGGACUCACUGGAGGCGUGGUGGAGCCGGAGCGGCCUCUCCAGCCAGGCUGGGCUGGCGAGGAUCCAGGCAGCCUCUCAGGAGAACGCUCAGAAAAUAUUAGCUGUGCAGGGGGAGUUGUCAAAAGCAAUCCAGCACAUCACCGUUUUCUUGAGCUCUUUGACAGAUGGCUCUCCGACUACAGACAACAAUGCAAACAACCAGUGUAUCUUGGAUGCUGAAAUAAAAGACAAGAAAAGUCACACAGUUCAGAUAACAGUGUAAUUGGACAUUCACCUGUUUGCCAUUUCACACUUCCACGGACGAAAAACUCACUCACCUCCCAGCAUGCCUUGCCAUUCUUUUACUUACAGCAAAUCCAUAACAAUGAAACAGGUGACUUUCAUGCUGCUGUCAGGAACGAUCUAAUUUCAGCUCUGGGUGACUGAUUGCAAUUGGCUUUGCCUCAUCUGAUAAUUAAUCUAUGUCACCAUUAAUUGGAAGAGAGAAUAAUUACUGGCGGUGUUGACAGUGACUGUACGCUUCCCCAGAUUUCCCCACUGUGUUGGCCCAAAUAAAGGCUUUGCAAUUCAGUACUUAAAGUUUAUGUAAACUGGAACAAUACCUAUGCCCAUGUGACACUUGCAGACACUCUGUCUAAUGUACUUUUGUUUUUCUGUUUACCAGUCUUUUUUAGCUCUCUGAGAGCUGUCUCCCUCAAUCACUCCUCAAUGUUCUAUCUUAAUUUUGUGGAAGUUUAAAGUUUUCAAUGAGCUGGAGAUGAAUGAUUAAUGAAUAAAUUUAAAUGCUUCAUUUUGUCCAUGGAUC